AUGUUCUGGAAAACAGUGAAAGACCUGGAGAAUAAACCCUCCUCCUCACAGCUGCCCAUGUCUCUUAAUGUUGAUGAUCUGGUUGUUACUGACAAGGAACGUAUGGAUGAGCUCUUUAAUCACCACUUCAUUAAGUCAGGAUUCAUAUUUGACUCAGCCAUGCCUCCUUGCCCAUCCAACACUUUCUCAUCUCCCACCCCUUCUAAUGUGACUAGCCCUGAUGCUCCUCCCUCUUUCCCCCCUGCCCCACUACACAGCUUCUCCCUGCAGGCUGUCACUGAGUCUGAGGUGCUGAAGGAGCUCCUUAAACUUGAUGGUUUAGAUACUUUCUUCUUUAAGGUUGCAGCCUCUAUCAUCGCUGAGCCUCUCUCUCCUCUCUGGGGAGGUUCCCAGUGCUUGGAAGGCAGCCACGGUGCGUCCUUUAUUUAAAGGGGAGAUCAACCUGAUCCUAACUGUUAUAGGCUGAUUUCUAUCUUGUCCUGUUUAUCAAAAUUGUUGGAAAAUCAUGUCAAUAAUCAACUGACUGGCUUUCUUGAUCUAUAGUCUAUAGUAUUCUCUCUGGUAUGCAAUCUGGUUUCCGCUCAGGUUCUGGAUGUGUCACUGCAACCUUAAAGGUCCUAAAUGAUGUCACCACUGCCCUUGAUUCUAAGCAAUGUUGUGCUGCUAUUUUUAUUGACUUGGCCAAAGCUUUUGAUACAGUAGACCAUUCCAUUCUUGUGGGUCUAAGGAGCAUUGGUGUCUCUGAGGGGUAUUUGGCCUGGUUUGCUAACUACCUCUCUCAAAGAGUGCAAUGUGUAAUGUCAGAACAUCUCCUGUCUCAGCCACUGCCUGUCACCAAGAGAGUACAUCAACAACAUAGCUCAGGCAGCAGGAAGCUCUUCUCAUCCAUUGAUAUGCAGAUGAUACAGUCUUAUACUCAGCUGGCCCAUUCCCAGAUGUUGUGUUAAACACUCAACAACAAAGCUUUCUCAGUGUCCAAUAAGUUUUCUCUGCCCUAUACCUUGCUCUGAGCACCUCCUAAACAUAGACGACCCCCCCCCCCCCCUCCCCUCCCAUAGUAAUCGCUCCUCUUUCAACCCCAGCUGCCAAACUAACCCUGAUUCAGAUGACCAUCCUACCCAUGCUAGAUUAUGGAGAUGUAAUUUAUAGAUCGGCAGGUAAGGAUGCUCUUGAGCGGCUAGAUGUUCUUUACCAUUCGGCCAUCAGAUUUGCCACCAAUUAUCCUUAUAGGACACAUCACUGCACUCUAUAUCAAAUCAAAUGUAUUUAGAAAGCCCUUUUUACAUCAGCAGAUGUCACAAAGUGCUUAUACAGCGACCCAGCCUAAAACCCAAAACAGCAAGCAAUGCAAUGUAGAAGCACUCUAUACUCCUCUGUAAACUGGCAAUCUCUGUAUACCCGGCUCAAGACCCACUGGUUGAUGCUUAUUUAUAAAACCCUCUUAGGCCUCACUCCCCCCUAUCUGAGAUACCUACUGCAACUCUCAUCCUCCACAUACAACACCCGUUCUGCCAGUCACAUUCUGUUAAAGGUUCCCAAAGCACAUACAUCCCUGGGUCGCUCCUCUUUUCAGUGCGCUGCAGGUAGCGACUGGAACGAGCUGCAAAAAACACUCAAACUGGACAGUUUUAUCUCCAUCUCUACAUUCAAAGACUCAAUCAUGGACACUAUUACUGACACUUGUGGCUGCUUUGAGUGAUGUACUGUUAUCUUUACCCUUUUGCCCUUCGUGCUGUUGUCUGUGCCUAACAAUGUUUGUACCAUGUUUGUGCUGCUAACAUGUUGUGCUGCUGCCAUGUUGUGUUGCUACUGUGUUGUUGUCAUGUUGUGUUGUUGUCUUAGGUCUCUCUUUAUGUAGUGUAGUGGUGUCUAUGUUGUCGUGAUGUGUGUUUUGUCCUAUAUUUUUAUUUUAUUUUUGUGUGUGUUUUUUUCAGCCCCCGUCCCCUCAGGAGGCUGUUUCCCUCUUGGUAGGCCGUCACUGUAAAUACGAAUUUGUUAUUUAUUAACUUGCCUAGUUAAAUAAAGGUGAAAUAAAUAAAAUUAGGUUUGGAUUUAGGAAGUCCAUUGUGAACAUUUUGUGUAUUGAUGGGCUCAUAGCAGUAUUCUCUUACAUUUGAAUAGCCUAAGGGACCCUCUGUCACGCCCUGGCUCUGGGGACACUGUUAUGUUGAGCCAGGGUGUGUAAUUCUAUGUUUGGAUUUCUAUGUUGGCCUGAGUGACUCCCAAUCAGAGGCAACGAGUGUCAGCUGGUUGUCUCUGAUUGGGAGCCAUAUUUAGCUGUCUGUCUUUCACUUUGUGUUUGUGGUUUCUUGUUCCGUGUUGGUUCGUGUUGUAACCAGGGACGUCACGUUUUCGUUUUGUUCGUGUGUUCAUUCAUUUAAUAAAAUGUUCGCAUUCAACGCUGCGCCUUGGUCCUCCUCUGUAGAUGAUGAUCGUGACACCCUCCCCUUGUACUUGAAAAAAAAUGACAAUACCCUCCCCCUUCAUUGAAUUAACUAAAAACAAUGAUUACGACCACAGUGACAAAUUAGGCCUACCUCAUUAUUACAAUCAGGGGGUGAAAAAAAAUCUGCUUUAUAAUAGAGCAUUGCAUGUACCUAUCGUUGUAUUUGCGGGUCCCAGAAAAAUUGGUUUUAUAAACACAUUUAAUGCAAUUCUAGUCAUUUAACAUGACUGAAGACCUAAGCAGAAUUUAUUUUCUAAUACCAACGUUUUUCUGAGCUAACAGUCAGCGGGCCAGAACUGUGACGAGGUGAAAUUAAGCAGUCAGGCGCAGGAGGUAAAAUACCGAAGUCCAGAGUUUAAUGUGUUCACAUAUAUCAAACGCCCCAAGCGUCAAAAGGAACAAGCUCAAAGGAAAACAUCCACCUUGGUAUAAAUACAAUGUUGAGUAGCUCAACCGAGCUAACAUGCUCUCACAAUAAACAAUCACUCACAAGGGGAACAGAGGGAACACUUAUACACAUACUAAUUAGGGGAAUGAGCACCAGGUGUGUGUGAUUGACAAGACAUGACAAGUGGAGUGAUGAGAAUGAGAUCGGCAGUAGCUAGUACUCCGGUGACGACGAAUGCCGAAGCCUGCCCGAACAAGGAGGAGGGGCAGCCUCGGUGGACAUCGUGACAAGAACAUAAUAUCAUAGCAGCCCAAUUCAUACACAUACGGUUAGUACAUAAUCAAUUCAAUUAAAAAUAACAUAAUAAUUUAGAUAAAAUCACAAAUGUUCACAGAACGGGACCACCGAGUGCUGAAGCGCGUAAAAAAUAGUUUGUCCUGCAACACUCACUACCGAGUUCCAAACUGCCUCUGGAAGCAACGUCAGCACAAGAUCUGUUCGCCGGGAGCUUCAUGAAAUGGGUUUCCAUGGCCGAGCAGCUGCACACAAGCCUAAGAUCACCAUGCGCAAUGCCAAGCGUAGGCUGGAGUGGUGUAUUGCUUACCGCCAUUGGACUCUGGAGCAGUGGAAACCCAUUCUCUGGAGUGAUGAAUCACACUUCACCAUCUGUCAGUUCAACGGACUAAUCUGGGUUUGGCGGAUGCCAGGAGAACGCUACCUGACUCAAUGCAUAGUGCCAACUAUAAAGUUUGGUGGAGGAGGAAUAAUGGUAUGGGGCUGAUUUUCAUGGUUCGGACUAGGCCCCUUAGUUCCAGUGAAGGGAAGUCUUAAUGCUACAGCUUACAAUGACAUUCUAGAUUAUUCUGUGCUUCCAACUUUGUGGCAACAGUUUGGAGAAGGCCCCUUCUUGUUUCACCAUGACAAUGCCCCCAUGCACAAAGGUCCAUACAGAAAUGGUUUGUCGAGAUUGGUGUGGAAGAACUUGACUGACCUGCACAGUGCCCUGACCUCAACCCCAUCGACCACCUUUGGGAUGAAUUGGAAAGCCGACUGCGAGCCAGGCCUAAUCACCCAACAUCAGUGCCCAACCUCACUAAUGCUCUUGUGGCUGAAUUGAAGCAGGUCCCCGCAGCAAUAUUCCAACAUCGAGUGAAAAGCCUUCCCAGAAGAGUGGAGGCUGUUAUAGCACUAAAUGGGGGACCAACUCCAUAUUAAUGCCCAUGAUUUUGGAAUGAGAUGUUUGACGAGCAGGUGUCCACAUACUUUUGUUCAUGUCGUGUAUUUAAUGAGUGGUGACACUAUUAGAGGAAUUGGACGACAAAUCUAUGGAUAGCCCAUAAUUUCGUCUGUCAAACAGGUAGGCCUACAUUUUAUUUCUUAAAUAGGAAGAAAUAGCCUCCAAUACAAAGCCCUCUAGUUGUUAGUUAAUUUGAGUUAAAAUGAAGACUGUUUAAAUGAAUUACUCGAAUUAGCCUAAUUUCAGCACCAUGUGCUUCCACCUCCCGAUUGAUGAUUGAGUGUGAUGAAUAUGAGCCCUGAGCCGAUGGCGGCAACACAUUUGGGGACUGUGGCACAGGCUGGUGUAUGAGGAAAGUACCAAAACCCCUUGAUAGGGGAGGCGCAUGCAAGCAGAUGGGGAAAGUUGGCUAGGAUAGAAUAAAUUAUGUAUGAAAACCUGCAAAAUGGUGAAUCAGGGGAAAAAAUGCACUACCCUACCAGGGAAAGAAUGCAGUACUCUACCCUGUGUCCAAUAAAAAUCCACACAACCCUCCCCAAAGCAAAAAAAAAAAAGGUUACACCCCCCUCACCUAUUUUGGACCUCCCCUCCACCCCCAGUAAUUUUCAAACUGUCCUAAGUAAUUCCAAAAAGAGAGUUUACAAGUUUUAUGCUUAUAUAUUCAUUGUAGAGAUAACAAAUGCAAAACAACACAAAACAAACCAGUAACGCAAACCUUGAGCAUAAGCUAACCCUCCAGUUGCAUUAUUUUAAACUCCCAACUUCAAUGUUUGCAGUUUUUUUGUUGUUGUUGCAUUCAUCUAUUAUAGUUAGAAUAGCGGGAUGUUUUAUUGCAAGAUAUACACUCAAGGGUAUGGACACAGACACUGGCGAGAGUCACGGCUCAUUUAAUCUCCCCGCUACUGCUAGAGUACAAUACAGUACAGCAGCAUCUCCCAAGAAAUGCCCUAGCAGGGAGUGCAGAGCCCAUUAGGGAUUUUUGCCUAUAAAAGCAUAAUCAAAUUUCCCAGCACCCUGACGAUUAGGCUGAAUCAAUGGAGCAAGAGACCCAUUUGACAUGACCAUGUCUGUAUUUGUCCAGAGAGAGGCUGCCUUAAGAAAUCAAUGAGAAGAAUGAGCUAUGCUUUUGAAACAUGAGUCACCGAGUUUCUAAACCCAGAGGUGCAACAUCUCAAGACUUCCGGGAACGCUUGCGAAACAGACCAAACAGACCAGGCCGGGGUUUGGGAAGUCAAUGAGAGAAGUGAACAAUUCUUCCUUAGUUGUUCAUUUGAAAAACUCUAAAGGCACAACCUAGAUUCAAGCCAUGGUGUUAACUAGUUGAACUUGUUAUUACUCCAACCUCGUGAAUGUGACAAACUGACACAUUUACAUUUUCGUCAAAAACUACUUUAUAUCGAAGGAGUGCCUUUGAUUUGACGGCCUGCACAAGCGCAGUUCGGCGCGAGAUGACCGUUAGACCCGAUGAUAUGUUUCUACGCAUGAGAUUAGAUAGCCAACAUUGCCAUGACAUCGCCUACAAGUGUGAUCUGGGAUUUCUAUUGGAAAAGCAGUUUUAGCCUAUCUUCAUACUAUACUGUCCUUGCCUGAGUCUUCUACAUUCCAUCUGGGGUUGGGGGGAUGAGCCAUGAAAUACUUUUAUGAUUGUUGAGUGGGAGAAAUGCUUUAGCCUGAAGUAAUGAUUUGUUUGUUUGUUUUCACUGGGUCUAUUUCUUGCCAAGGAGGAAGUGCGUUGAAACUGUAACUGACAAUACUUGUAAACUCUGGGAGGAAGAAGGUAACUGUGGCUCCCCUCUCCUUCACUUCCCAGAAGCAAUGUUUAGGGACUAUCCCUCUCCUUCUCUUUCUCUGAUUAAUGUUAUGGCCUCAUUGCCCUCUCCUUCUUGCGACACCUGGUGUUGUAGGUGUCCUGGAGGUUAGGCAGUGUGCACCCAAUGGUGUGUUCGGCUGAGCGUAUAUUAGGACGAGCAAUGUCUGAGUGGCAUUGACUAGAAUACAGCAGAAUACAGUAUAUACAUAUGAAAUGAGUAAAAUAGUAUGUAAACAUUAUUAAAGUGACCAGUGUUCCAUUAUUAAAGUGACCAGUGAUUCCAUAUCUAUGUACAUAGGGCAGCAGGGUUGAGUAACCGGGUGGUAGCUGGCUAGUGACAGUGACUAAGUUCAGGGCAGGGUAACUGGUGGAGGCCGGCCAGUGAUGGCUAUUUAACAGUCUGAUGGCCUUGAGAUAGAAUCUGUUUCUCUCGGUCCCAGCUUUGAUGCACCUGUACUGACCUCGCCUUCUGGAUGAUAGCGGGGUGAACAGGCCGUGGCUCGGGUGGUUUAUGUUUUUGAUGAUCUUUUUGGCCUUCCUGUGACACCGGGUGCUGUAGGUGUCCUGGAGUGGAGGCAGUGUGCGCCCCCUGGAGAGCCCUGUGGUUGUGGGUUGUGCAGUUGCCGUACCAGGCGGUGAUACAGCCCGACAGGAUGCUCUCAAUGGUGAAUCUGUAAAAGUUUGUGAGGGUCUUAGGAGCCAAGCCGAAUUUCUUCAGCCUCCUGUUGCUCCUUCUUCACCACACUGUCUGUGUGGGUGGACCAUUUCAGCCAAUUUCUCCACGGCGGCCCUGUUGAUAAUUAUUGGUCAUUUGCCUGCAGGAAAGGGCUACAGAGUCGCUGUCGUGCCUUCUUCACCACAGUGUCCAUGUGGUUUGACAAUUUCAGCCAAUUUCUCCACGACGGCCCCGUUGAUGAUUAUACAUUCACAUCCAAAAGCAUUGCCACCAUUGAUAAAUAUGAGCAAAAAAUACUGUAUAAAAUAAAUAAUACAAAUACUGAGCUAAAUUGUAUGCUCCAAAAUAUUAGAAAAUCACAUUAUUUUAUACUAAUACAAUUGCUCAGAGAUAAAUAUUUGUAAUAAAAAAAAUCUCAAACAUAUGUGUCAGGAUUAUUGCCACCCCUGUUUUCAAUACUUUGUGCACCCUCCCCUUGCAAAUAUAACGGCACUUAGACUUUCUCUAUAAUGUUUUAUGAGAUUGAAGAACACAUUGAGAGGGAGAGACCAUUCCUCCAUACAAAAUAUUUUCAGAUCCUUGAUAUCUUUCGGUCUGUGCUUAUGCCCUCUUUAAUUCAAGCCACAGGUUUUCAAUGGGGUCAAAGUCCGGAGACUGAGAUGGCCAUUGCAAAAUAUUGAUUUUGUGGUCAAUUAAUCAUUUCUUUGUGGAUUUUGAUGUAUGUUUGGGGUCAUUGUCUUGCUGGAAGAUCCACUUACAGCCAAGUUUCAGCCUCCUGGCAGAGGCAACCAAGUUGUUGGCUAAAAUGUCCUGGUACUUGGUAGAGUUCAUGAUGCCAUUGACCUUAACAAGGGCCCCAGGACCAGUGGAAGCAAACCAGCCCCAUAACAUCAAAGAUCCACCACCAUAUCUUACAGUAGGUAUGAGGUUCUUUUCUGCAAAUGCGUCCUUCUUUUGAGGCCAAACCUACCAGUGCGUGGCCAAAGAGCUCUAUUUUCGUCACAUCUGACCAAAGCACCCGGUUCCAAUCCAAUGUCAAUGCUGUUGAUCAAACUCCAGGCAUUUACAUUUGUUGGUUGCUCUCAAUAAAUGCUUGUUUUAUGGCCUAGAACAAACAUAUCAAUGGUAAAAGAAUAAGAACACAACACAGGAUGUUUAAGGAAAUAUACUGAACAUUUUAAAUAAAUGUGUAAAAAACUAGCUUACUAACAUUUACAAUUGUGGGAGUAGUGAUUAAGAAAUAGCGAGAAAACUGUUUGUAAAUGCUUUGUUAUAAAUGAUUUAUUACGGACCGUUAAAAUAAAGUGUUACUCCAGCAUUUUACAUUGGUGUUAAUGGCCAGCAUUUUACAUGGGUGUGCAUGGCCAGCAUAUAAACAUGGGUGUGCAUGGCCAGAUACUGUGACUGAAUAACUGAUGUUGUCGAGCAAUUGACAGGAUGUUACCAGCUCCGAGCCAGUUCCCUGGACAUUAUAUUCUCCGACAUGUUACGUCUGCCAGUCCCUCCAGGAUUCCUUUUUUUGUUGUUGUGAUAGUUGUGUGCCAAAAUUCAGACAUUUUGCUAGGCAAUUUGCAAUGAUUUUGUCAAAUUUGUCACAAAAAUGCGCUGAGUGGGGGAAGGUUGUUGAUUUAACCAUUUUGUGCGGUAAAAGUGUGGUGAUUGGUUCAAAUUGCAAGCCCUCUUUUUGUGGUGCGGUGAUCGGACAGUUUUACACAGGAAUAUUGUGAUGAUUUCGCUGUUUUAUGCGGUAAUAGUGAGGUGAUUGGUCAAAUUUGCAAGUCCUCGUAUAAUAGGUGUAUAUGUCUUUAGGGAGUAUAAGACCCCCCUGUGGACAGGUGAGAUGGUCUCAUCCAUUACUGUUUUAUAAGGCUACCUGUCUCUCGCCUCAGAGACUCCAUCUUCUGAAUGUAAGAAAGCGCUUGCAGCCGCUUGAGCAACAUAGGUAUCUGAGGCUCUCGCUGUUACACAAGGCUUUCAAUCUUCUCUCUUUCACUCUUUUUUCACUCUUCCUCUGUGUUCUGGUUAUUUAUUUCAAUUCAAUUUCAAUUUAAGGGCUUUAUUGGCAUGGGAAACGUGUGUUAACAUUGCCAAAGCAAGUGAAGUAGAUAGUAAACAAAAGUGAAAUAAACAAUAAAUAUUAACAGUAAACAUUACACUCAGAAGUUUCAAAAGAAUAAAGACAUUUCAAAUGUCAUAUUAUGUAUAUAUACAGUGUUGUAACAAUGUGCAAAUAGUUAAAGUACAAAUGGGAAAAUAAAUAAACAUAAAUAUGGGUUGUAUUUACAAUGGUGUUUGUUCUUCACUGGUUGCCCUUUUCUUGUGGCAACAGGUCACAAAUCUUGCAGCUGUGAUGGCACACUGUGGUUUUUAUUUAUUUCUCUCUCAUCUCCAUGGCUCAGAUAUGGGAUGGAGCGUCUGUUUGCUGCAGCAGGACAGACGGCUUAAAGAGAUAAAGCCAAUUACAGCUGGCUGUCUGGUAGACUAGAACAUCAACCACAAAUAGACAACACUUGACAUCUCCUCGGGAAUGAACAUAGGAACACGGAAGCCCUCUUUUUCUUUUAGUGGAAAUUACCUUAUAAAGAACAAUCAAACACUUUUCUUUUCAUUGUAUUGAUAUUAAGUGUAUGGUGUUCAAGAAAGACGCAUGUUGAUAGCAUUAUCCCUCCAAAUCAAUUCAGUUUUAUCAAAUCUACUAGGUUUUCACAGCUGACAUUUCCAGGUUUUCACGGAUGUCAAACUAUGAUUAUGCUGACUCAUCUGUAAUUACCAUGCGUGUUUAACACUUCCUCUGUGUUUCUAUAGGAUGAUCCCGGCCUCCAGCAAAGCCUUCCUGGUGACCAACCUGGUGUCGGGGACCAAGUACGACCUGUGUGUCUUGGCCGCCUGGGACGACACCGCCACCACCCUGACUGCCACCAACGUGGUGGGCUGUGCCCAGUUCUUCACCCGCGACGACUACACCCAGUGCCAGUCUCUCCACAGCCAGUUCCUGGGGGGCACCAUGAUCCUGGUGGUGGGUGGCAUCAUCGUGGCAACGCUACUCGUCUUCAUCGUUAUCCUGAUGUUGCGCUACAAGGCCACCGACAAUGAGGGGGGUGGCACGGGGGGGAUCGGCAAGCUGACCAGCGUUAGUGACACUCACUCACAGACCAAUGGGGGCCGGCUGGGACAGAACGGCGUGCCCCUGCCCUUGUCCAAACCCAAGGCCAAAGUGACCCUCCAGGACGAGGUGGUGGAGUUUAAAUGUGGAUCCCUCCAGAGCAGCCUCACCUCCUCCUCUUCCUCGUCAGGGGGCUCGAUGGCCGGGGGUGACUCUCACAGCCCCAACAGCACCCUGGCCAACAUGUGGAGGCAGGCGGCCCCCUCCAAGCCCCGGGCCAACCUGGACCACCUGCUGGGGGCCUUCAACUCCCUAGAGCUCCGGGGGGGCCAGGGCAGGGAUAGGGGAGACCUGGGGGAGCCAUCCUCCAGCAGUAGCACUCUGGUGGCGGGCGGCGAUAGGCCCCCCACGGACAGGGAGCCCCUGCUGGGCCGGACAAUGGACUCGCGGCUCAGCCGGGUGCUCAUGCUGCCUCUGGACUCCAAGCCAAAAAGGAGCCAGUCGUUUGACAUGGGGCACUGUAUGGAUACAAACCGACAAACAGAGAAAGCGACGGCCUCCAGCGCCUCCACGGCCACCACGCCGGUGUGCAGCUACCCCCGGCGCAUCAGCAGCAUCUGGACUAAGAGGAGCCUGUCUGUGAACGGCAUGCUGCUGCAGUGUGACGAGGAGGGUGAUAUGGGGGGGAGCAAGGGGACCUUGGAGAGCCAAGAGUGGGUCAUGGAGAGUACUGUCUAG